AUGUUGGACUCAGUGACACACAGUACCUUCCUGCCCAACACGUCCUUCUGUGACCCCCUGAUGUCGUGGACUGAUCUGUUCAGCAAUGAAGAGUAUUAUCCUGCCUUUGAGCAUCAGACAGAUGCUGAUUCUAAUUGCUUGAAAACAAGUGGCGUCAGAAGCCAAGACUGUCCCAGUCAUAGUCGAACGAGCCUCCAAAGUUCUCAUCUAUGGGAAUUUGUGCGAGACCUGCUUCUCUCUCCUGAAGAAAACUGUGGCAUUCUGGAAUGGGAAGACAGGGAACAAGGUAUCUUUCGGGUGGUAAAGUCAGAAGCCCUGGCAAAGAUGUGGGGACAAAGGAAGAAAAAUGACAGAAUGACGUAUGAAAAGUUGAGCCGAGCUCUGAGGUACUACUACAAAACGGGAAUUUUGGAACGGGUCGACCGAAGGCUAGUGUACAAAUUUGGAAAAAACGCACACGGGUGGCAGGAAGACAAGCUAUGA